GGUCAAUGAAAAACUCGUGUUUGCUCAAGGAACCACGGUGAGUAUCAAAGUGAAAAGUUUCGAAAAUUCAUCACCAGUCACAAAGUGAUCAAAAUCAUUUCGUGUUUCUCCUUUCAAUUGAAACGUAACUUGGUAAAUCUCUAAUCAUCGAGAAAACCUGAGGAAUCGGCAUGGAAGAGUUGAAAAUAUCUCCGGCCGAUCCCAGGGGAAGUCCGGCGAAGGAGCAGCAGGCCGCGGGCGUCGGGAUACUUCUUCAGAUUAUGAUGCUUGUCUUGUCCUUUGUUCUCGGCCACGUCCUUCGCCGUCAUCGCUUCUACUAUCUUCCUGAAGCUAGUGCUUCACUUUUGAUCGGUUUGAUUGUGGGUGGGCUCGCGAAUAUCUCCAACACGGAGACUAGCAUCAGUGUUCAGAGUAAACUCAAAGAGCUUAAGCCAUUUUUUUCUAACUUUGGUGCCAUAGUCACAUUUGCAAUUUUUGGUACAUUUGCUGCUUCUAUUGUCACCGGAAUUUUGGUAUAUUCCGAUGGGGUUCAUUCAUCAAGAGAAUACCCCCUUUAUGAUUUUGUGUUUUUUAAUCUAGAUACUUUUCUUUGUGAUUCUGUAUACCUUGGUGGAGUGACAUACCUCAUCUACAAGCUUCCUUUUGUUGAGUGUCUGAUGUUUGGGGCUCUUAUCUCAGCUACUGAUCCUGUCACUGUUCUCUCAAUAUUUCAGGAGCUUGGUACAGACGUGAAUCUGUAUGCUUUGGUCUUUGGCGAGUCUGUGCUGAAUGAUGCAGUAAGUUUCUCUGGUCUAUCCGUUUCUUUUAAGAUGGAGAAUUUGGAAAACUAUAAACAUUUUCUUUUUGUUUAUUGCUGGGUUUGGCGCUUGAAGAUGGCAAUCUCUUUGUACAGGACAAUGUCGAUGGUGAGGAGUCAUAUGUCAUCAGGUCAAAACUUUUUCAUGGUCGUGGUCAGAUUUCUCGAGACUUUUGUUGGCUCAAUGUCAGCAGGGGUUGGAGUUGGAUUCACUUCUGCAUUGAUAUCCUUUCGUCUUUUUUACUUUUAUUUCCUUUUCUCGUUCCCUUUUAGAGGUUUACAGUUCUUGCCUAUCCUUCCUUUUACCUUCAUGACAUGCUCUGUGAAGCCUUGACUUCCAAACCUUUUUAAGUAUGCUGGUCUGGACAUUGACAAUCUUCAAAACUUGGAGUGCUGCCUCUUUGUUCUCUUCCCAUAUUUCUCAUAUAUGCUAGCAGAAGGAGUUGGUCUCUCUGGUAUUGUGUCCAUAUUAUUCACUGGAAUAGUUAUGAAGCACUACUCUUUCUCAAACUUGUCAGACAGUUCUCAGAAGUUUGUGUCUGCAUUUUUCCAUUUGAUCUCAUCCUUGGCGGAGACUUUUGUAUUUAUUUACAUGGGAUUUGACAUUGCCAUGGAACAACACAGCUGGUCUCAUAUUGGAUUUAUCUUCUUUUCAAUUUUAUCCAUUGGCAUUGCAAGAGCUGCAAAUGUUUUCUCGUGCGCAUAUUUGGUGAAUUUGUUUAGACCUGCGCAUAGAAAAAUACCGAUGAAGCAUCAGAAAGCACUUUGGUAUAGUGGUCUCCGAGGGGCUAUGGCUUUUGCGCUUGCCUUGCAAUCGGUUCAUGAUCUUCCUGAAGGGCAUGGUCAGACAAUAUUCACUGCCACUACUGCAAUAGUUGUUUUGACAGUCUUGCUGAUUGGAGGAUCAACUGGAACCAUGCUGGAAGCUUUACAAGUUGUUGGUGAUGGAGUUGAUAGCCCGUUGGGCGAGAGCCUCGACUCAAGCAAUAGCUACAGAGCUCCUACUUAUGAGGGUGAAUCAUCAUCAUCAGGGAAUCGGUUUAAGAUGAGACUUAAGGAGUUGCGCAAGAGCACUGCAUCUUUUACCGAACUGGACAAGAAUUAUCUCACCCCGUUUUUUACAACUCAAAAUGGCGAUGAAGACGAGCAAGACGACCUUUUUGGCGAUUCCAGGAGAGAGGGUUAUCAUUGACACAACCAAAACCUCUUAAAAUAGUCGGCAGACUUUUUGACUCAUCCUGCAAAUAGAAUUCACUCCAUUCUGGUAUAUGGUUAUGCGUGUCAUAUCCAGUUGGAGAUAAAACUGCUUAACAACACCACCUUGGAAACUUCUGUAUCUAGUACACUGCAAAAGAACUGUAGAUUAGGGAUAUUCUGAGCUAGAAAUUUUAGGGGUACGUCUGCAUCAUUAAUACCGAUGAAGGAAAUAUUUUUCAUUGAUGUAUGGACCUGAGAUUGUGACUUGUCGUGGGGAUAAUUUCUUCAGUGUUCCAAUUUAUUCUGCCCGAGUUCGAUAUUGGAUUUUGCUUAGUCAAAGUGUUGCUCAAUAUACGUUUUUUUAUCCAUUUGAAGUCGAGUAUGCUUGCACGUCGAUAAUGCAGGUAAGGCCAUCUUCUAUGGAACAUAGGGUUAUUGUAUAAUAAUCAUUGCACAACCAAUAAUCAUUAGCUUCUCGAUCACAAUUGAUAAUGAUAUAUCCAGGAAUUGAACCAUCAUGUGAUGGUUGGUGGUUUUAUUGAUGAAGAAGUUGCUGAGUGAUUGUGGUGUUACUGCAAUAACAAGACA